AAGCAAAAUUUAAAAUUUGUGUACAAUUUUAAAUUUAAAACAAAGUUGACAUUAACUUUGAUUAGUUAAAAAAUUAUAAAACAAAUCGAAAGCAGUAAUUGUCAUACUUGCACAGGGUCGGUUCUUUAAUUAGCAUUAGAAUUAUACUUCCGAUUUAAUUUCUUUUAAACUCGAGGGAAAAUGCAAAAAAUUAACGAUUUUUUUUAUCCAAAAACUAAAUCCUUGGAGAAUGAAACUCCGAUUGACAGUCAACCAGUUACCCAGAGUGCUGGGCCCUCCGAAUCUAUCAAGAUUACAACCCCAUACAAAGACCCGUACUCUCUGAAGCCGUUAUCCAUGACUGAUACAGAGAAAGUCGAGUUUCUAACAGCAAAAUGGGAACCCUUUGAUGUUUCAUUCCCGGCCAAGCAAAUUGGCAGUUCCAUGAGACGACUAAAUAAAGAUGUUCUCAUUCAGAACUCUUGGAUGAGGUAUUCAGUUUCUGUAGACGCCGUUUACUGUGCGCCUUGCUUUCUUUUUUCCAAUGAUCCUAAAGAAAAAACGUUUAGUAGAACACCUGUAUCUGACUGGAAAAAUUUUGGUUCGUUGAUAUUAAGGCACACUCGAUAUGGAUCACCCCAUAAUCACUGUAUGUCCUUGGCAGAUCACUUCCUGGCAACCGAACUCCAACAAAAAAAGAGCAACAUAGACCAGAUCUCUUCAAAACACCACGAAACUGUCCAGAAAAACAGAGGAAUCCUCCGGAAAAUAAUGAGGGCUAUCGCUUUGUGUGGAUCGCAAAACAUUCCACUUCGAGGGCAUACCCAGGACGACAGUAAUUUUUACGCGAUUUUGACAUUCUCGGCACUAGACGACAAAGACCUAGCAGAACAUCUAAGCAAUCCCUCCACUGUUAUGAAAUAUACUAGUCCCGAUAUUCAAAAUGAAAUUGUCAUUCACCUUGGGCAACAGAUUAGAAGUAAAGUUGUGAAUGAAUGCAACUCUGUUAAAUGCUUUUCUUUAAUUGCAGAUGAAGCAACAGACAGGUCCACUGCUGAACAAGUAGCUAUCUGCGUUCGGUUUUAUUAUGAAAAUGUCAUGAGGGAGGAAUUUCUUGGAUUUGUUAAAGCGGAGUCUACAACAGGAGAAGCCCUUGCAGAAUUAUUUCUUAGGGCACUGCGAGAGUUUGGAAUAAGCGUAGAAAAUAUGGUAGGUCAGGGAUAUGAUGGCGCGUCAAACAUGAGAGGCUGUCGCAAAGGAGUUCAAGCUAGAAUUCGAGAACUACAUCCAGAGGCAAUUUAUGUUCACUGUCAUGCGCACUGCUUAAACUUGGCCAUUAUACAUGCAUCGAAUGAAAUGAUGAUAAGAAACAUGAUGGACACGGUGCAAGAAAUAAACUUUGCAUUUUCGUAUUCUGCAAAACGUACACACCAAUUCCGAACUAGCUUAGAGGCAACACCACAUGAGCUUGAGAAGCGGACAAAGUUGAGGGAGCUAUGUGAGACUCGCUGGUCAGCUAGAGGUGAUGCUCUUUACACGUUCCUAGCUAGCUUUGACGUGGUCGUUGAUGCUUUAUCCAAUCUCAUCGACGAAGGAGACACGAAAGCCCAAUCCCACUUGAACAACAUGCUUUCGUUUCCUUUUAUCAUUUGUCUGGUUACGGCAGAACAUCUCAUCCAGAGCACAACACAGUUGUCGAAGUUGUUGCAGUUGAAAUCCAUUGAUCUGGUCGAAGCAGUUAAGGAGGCUAAUGUUGUCAAAGAGCUCCUACAAUCUGAAAGGAAUGAUGAUACCGUGUGGGAUUAGUUGUAUGCGAAGGCUGAAGCUAUUGCUAAUAAGCAUGAUGUAGUAAUACAGAGUCCACGUAAUGCCCAAAGGCAGCGACACAGGGUUAAUGUCCCAGCAGAUAAUGUUCCCCAGUACUAUAAACGGGCUGUGUUUUA